GUCCAAUCAGGAGCGCAGCUGGGCGGGGAUGCGGCUGCUCGCCUGUCCCUUUCGCGAUCCUGUUUCUGUAGCCUCGGGACUAGGUCCCCUGCUGUGCUGCCUUGACGUCCAUUGACUGCGGGGACAAUGGGAGACCCCGGGAGCCGUGACGUGGAUUCAGUGACCUUUGAGGAUGUUGUUGUGACCUUCACCCUGGGAGAGUGGACUUUGUUGGAUCCUUCCCAGAAGCAGCUCUACAGAGAUGUGAUGUGGGAUACCUUCAAGAACCUGGCCUCUAUAAGAAAAGAAAGAGGAGGUCAGACCACUGAAGAUGUGCACCAGAAUCCCACAAGAGAAAUAAGAAGUCAAGAGGAAGGGAGAUGCUGUGAACAUAAAGAAAGUAAUCAGUGUGGAGAAAGCGGCAGCUGUAAACCUGAUUGUCUUGAAAACAAGAUAAUUCCUCCUGGAGUAAAAUCAAGUGAAAGCCCGGUGUGUGGAGAAGUCCUCAGUGUGCCCCUCAGAGCUCACAUUGAACAGAAACCAUAUGAUUAUCCAGAGUAUGGGGAGAACCCAUAUAAAUAUAAUGAAUGUGGAAGAGCCUUCAGUUCUCCCCAGUUCUUUGAGGAAUUUGAAGGAACUCACAUUGAGGGCAGAUAUCAUGAAUGUAGACAAUGUGGAAGAGUCUUCAGUCUUCCCAGUUCCCUUCAAAUACAUGAAAGAAUUCACACUGGAGAGAAACCCUAUGUAUGCAAGGAUUGUGGGAAAGCCUUUACUCGUUCCAGGUCUGUUCACAGACAUGAAAGAACUCACACUGGAGAGAAACCUUACAUAUGUAAGCAAUGUGGGAAAGCCUUAAGUGAUUCAAGUUCCCUUACAAUACAUGAAAGAACUCACACUGGAGAGAAACCCUAUGUAUGUAAGGAUUGUGGGAAGGCUUUCACCCAUACUAGGUCCUUUUACAGGCAUGAAAGAACUCACAGUGGAGAGAAACCCUAUAUAUGUAGGCAGUGUGGGAAGGCCUUGAGUGAUUCAAGUACCCUUAAAAUACAUGAAAGAACUCACACUGGUGAGAAACCCUAUGUAUGUAAGGAAUGUGGGAAAACCUUUAAUUCUUCCAGUUACAUUCGAAUACAUGAAAAAGCUCACACUGGAGAGAAACGGUAUAUGUGUAAAAAAUGUGGAACUGCUUUUGGUUAUUACAGUUCCCUUAAAAAGCAUGAAAGAAUUCACGUUGGAGCAAAACCCUAUAUGUAAGGAGAGUGGGAAAUCGUAGUUAUUUCAUUUCCUUUCACAAACAAAAAGACACCCUGAUGAGAAACCCUAUGUGUAUAAACAACGUAGGGGAAAAUACAGUCACUGCAAUCAUGUUCUUAGACAUGAAAAACACAAAAUAGAGACAAACUAUGUGUAUAUAAAAUGAGUGUGGAAACACUAUUAGUUCUUCCAUUAUCUUGGAAUACAUGAAAGAAUUCACACAGGAGACAAACACUAUACAUGUAAGCAAUGUGGAAAAGGCUUGCAUUCUUUCUAUUAUAUUGAAAUCCAUGAAUGAAUUCCAUGUUUGAGAGAAACCUUGUGUGUCGUUCCAUUUCCUUUCACAGACAUGGAGGAACUCACGCUGGAGAAUAACCCUGAAUAAAGUACGUGGGAAGACUUUGUUAUUACAUAAGCUUUCUAGCAGAGUUUAGAAUGCACAUUGCAGAGAACUUGUAUUAAUGUAAAUCAUGUGGGAAUGCCUCUAGUUAUCUUGGUUCAAUAUAUAUAUAUAUAUAUGUACAUAGAUACAGUAUGGAGAGAAGCCUAGAAUAGAAGAGAAAUGCAAAAAGAUUAAGUUGGCCUACAUAUACACAGGAUCAAACUCUGUGAAAAAUACAAGAUCGUUUUCAGUUUUAAUAAUUUCAAUGUCCUGUGAAAAUUUCUCAGGUAGUGGAACCCUAUAAGUGUAAUUAAUGUGAAGAGCUUGAUAUAAUUUGUUUAGCAUUCUCUAGAGAAUUCACUGUAGGAAACAUACUAAAACUUAUAAAUAUAUUAUGUUCAUAAGUGGCUCAUUCUGAAAGUAGAUCUCUACAGUCUAGAUUUCUAAUUUAUAUUCUUAAAAAUAAAUGAGAAACAUAUCUCUGCGAGUUUCAUUUAGGCAAUAGCAUGAGAGUUUAUAUAUGUAGUUGUCUUUCAGUCAAAUGAGUUUUUGUCCUUUGAACUUGAACCAUGUUGUGGAUCCAUAGGUGAAUUAAUCUGUUUCAAAUGUGCCAUAGGCCUAACUUUUAUGCAGUUUUUAAAUAAUUGUGGUUAAAAGGCUACUGAAAAGUAAAGUGGUUUUAGAGUUUUUUUUUUUUUUGUUUUUUUGGUACUGGGGUUCUACAUUUUUUAGACUUUCUUGUAGAUUAACAUUUUCUUUUAAUUUUGUAUUUUCACAAAAACUUAUUGGCAAAAUUCAAAAUGUAGUGAUAAUAUAUAUUUUGGGAUACAGAUCUAAUAAGAAUAAGAAAAUUCUUUAUAGAUGGAAUAAUAAUUCAGUUAACUGGGAAUUAAAAGUUAAGAAUUUCUGUCAUACUAAUUACAGAUAUGUUCUGUAAAAAUAAUUCUUAGCUGAAAGGCUUUGCAAAUUCAGUUCGUUAGAUUUGGACUACAAAUCAUAAUUGGUGUAUAAGAUAUUUUUACCAGUACCAAGGAAGAAACAAAAAUCAGAAGAAAUCAAAGACCACCAAAAAUAGAUGUUGUUUCUUACCUUUUUUUCUAAUAUCUGUAUGCUGCUUUAUUUCACAUUUCAUUGCAUUCGACCUCCUUGUUGACAAAGUCAUCUGUUUGCUCAGAGAUGGAUUAGAAUUAUUUAGCAGAAAAGAGAAAGAAUAAAUUUGUAUUUUUUGCUUCC